CUGUCAACAUUGACCAUUGAUCUUAUUCACAGGGUAUCAAAGUCCAGGUUCUUUUACUUCAAAAAUAUUGAAAUUUUUUUAUAUUUAAAUUGAUUCAAAAUUGUUAGAAGUGAAUAAUGGCUCGUGUUCUAGUGGGCGUUAAAAGAGUUAUAGACUAUGCUGUGAAAAUCCGCGUGAAACCAGACAAAACAGGCGUUGUAACGGAUGGAGUAAAACAUUCCAUGAACCCCUUCGACGAAAUAGCUGUGGAGGAAGCCGUUCGUCUCAAAGAAAAAAAAAUUGCCUCAGAAAUAAUUGCUGUGUCUUGCGGCCCCGCACAGUCCCAGGAAGUCAUACGAACCGCUCUAGCGAUGGGAGUCGAUAAGGGAAUUCACGUAGAAGUAUCAGGACCUGACUACGAGACCCUGCAGCCGAUUCACGUCUCGAAAAUCCUGGCGAAAAUAGCCCAAAAUGAAAAGGCUGAUAUCAUAAUUGUUGGGAAACAGGCUAUUGAUGACGAUUCAAAUCAGACGGCACAAAUGACAGCUGCCAUGCUGGACUGGUCUCAAGCUACCAAUGCCUCAAAGAUUGAGAAAGGCGACAAACAUUUGACGGUUACAAGAGAAAUCGAUGGAGGUUUAGAAACUAUCAAGUGUAAACUUCCUACAGUUAUCAGUGCUGACUUGAGACUCAACGAACCACGUUAUGCCACUUUACCAAAUAUUAUGAAAGCCAAGAAAAAACCUAUACAGAAAACAACCCCGAAGGAUCUAGGUGUAGAUAUCAGUCCUCGAAUACAAAUAUUGAGUGUAGAAGAACCUCCUACUCGACAAGCUGGAGCUAUUCUACCGGACGUUGAUGCUCUUGUCGGUAAAUUGAAGGAAGGAGGUCAUAUUUGAAUUUGUCGCAAUUUUCAGGAAGGUACCCGAUAACCACAUGUGUCUGAAUCAUAUCAAAUUGUGCUACAUAGGAUGGUUUUUGUAAAGUCCGACUUUUAACUCAUCACAUCACGUGGUGUUCUUUUCCAAAUUUACUGUUGAUGAAUUUUAGCUGGGGAUAUUCAGUUUGAUCGAGUUUGGCCUUGAAUGCUCACUACGGUAUUCAGAAGUGGGAUAAUAACUUGUAAAAAUAGGUAAGGCUUUUUACAUUCAGUUAACGGAAAAUAUGGUAGAAAUAUUUGAUUUCCUGAAAAAUCUAAUGUUUGAAGCUUUAUAUUUGGCAGAAAUUUGAACUUUGAUGGAAAUAUUUCUUUCAAUCACCUUUUAACUUUUCUUCUAUUGGAGUUUUAUUGUAUUCAGUUUACAGUUGGAUAAGACAUGCAUUGGUUGCCAAUUUAGUAAUUUUUUAGUUUUUAUCAAAAUUCAUCAUAUCCAGUUUUAUAUAAUAUUCGAAUGUUUUUAUUGUUAGUGCAACUUAAUAUUGUUGAACCAUGUUGUUUUUUUAUAGUUGAAUUUUAAUGUACCUAAAUAAAUAUAUUUUAUAAUGGGA